UUGCCUUGUGGGCCGCUCGCGAGUCCAACUAUGAGUUUUGCGUCGGACUACAUUUUAUCGUCUACGUCGUCUACGUCGUCGUCGUCUUCGUCGUCGUCGUCGUCGUCGUUGUUGCCCUCGUCCUGGUUAUUGUGCUGUUACAACUGUGAGUGUCGUGUCAAUAAAAUCAUCACCAGCUCGAUUUCGUGCUCAGCUGCUGCUGCAUCGUCAUCAUCUGCAUUAUUCUCUUCUUCUGCUUUGUCGUGUUACCCAGUCUUCACCCAGAUGAGAUGCGAACAAGCAACUUCAACGAGGAGGCCCAGUCUUGUCGUGGAGUAGCAGCAGCUACACGUUCACAUCAUCGUGAGUGUCGUAGUUGAACAACAACGAGGAGAUUGAUCACGAGCUGACCCUAACACACAUCGUGCUGAUAAUAAAAAAAAAAAAAAAAAAGAAAAGUUUCGCGAGAAGCCCCAGCAAAGAGACUUCUUUUUCUUCGUUUUAUUUGUCGGGGUCCAGAGCCGAAGAGCUCUCCUUUUUCUCUCGUGUGUGACAUUGUGUGUUUGCCCGCGUGCAUGUGUGCUGUAACAGCAGAUAGGAAGAUAGAGACACGCUUUUGCGGCUAAUAACUCAACUUUCUGCCAAAAUUCGUUAUCGUCCACGAGAAAAAGCAGCUGUAGUGCAAGUACAGAAGGUCGCCCAGCAAAGUAAAUAAAGAGAGAGAAGGAGAGAGGUAGAGCAGCUGGGGGUGUGAAAGAGACUCGGAGGAGUAGGAAAGCGUUGUCGUGCUCGAGGAAAACUUGAACAAGAAGCAGAAGUUGCCAAGGAAUUAAAGCAGCAUUUCCAAUGUGAUUUGAGAUGAAACGGGUUCGCGGGGUGGAAGACAUAUCUCCGCCAGUAACUGCAGCAGCACCGUUGAGGAACUCCAACAGCGCUGGAGGUGCUGUUGUGGGUGGAAGUGCCGGGGGCGGUGGUGGCGGGGCCGGCCCAUCAGCUUGCGGAGGAAGCAGUGCCGGUAGCAUCAGCGGUGUUGCAGGUGGCGGCAGCUCGUCGUCGUUGUCCAUCGAGUAUCGUUCGAGCACCAGCCCCAACAUAGGGGUCGUAACUGGUGGUCAGCAGCCCGUCAGGACAGUUCCUCCUCCUGUUCCUGCCUCCCAAGAGAUGCCGAGUAGCAUUCAGUUCACCCAAACUCAGCAACAGUACCCUGGUACAAUCGUGGUUCCAAGCGUGGCUCCGUCUCCAGUUAAAUCAAGCGGUCCCAUUGGAAGCAUAUCUAGCUCAUCAUGUGCAACAAGCAGUAUAGCUUCCAACGUGACGCUGCACAGUGCGAGUAUUGGUGGUGCCGGGAAUCACAGUACUGGUAUUGGUGGAUCAGGAGGAAACCACAGUGCUGUGCUCCAAACCUCUGUGCCCAGUUCCCAGGCACAAACCCAUGUCCAAACUUCUACCAUAAGACACAGGACGACGGUACAAGCACCUACACCUCCUGUCGGCAAUUUGAGUAACAGUGGACCUGGAGUUGGACCUGUCAGUGGUGUUGUUGGUGGUGGUGCAAGUGGUACAGUUGUAGGGAUGGUGAGUGGAAGUCAAAGCGCAAGUGGGGUAACAAGUAGCGCUACAAAUUCACAAUUCCAGAGGUUAAAGGUCGAAGAUGCUUUGUCAUACCUUGAUCAAGUCAAGUACAAAUUCAACGACCAGCCCCAAGUUUACAAUGAUUUCCUCGAUAUUAUGAAAGAAUUCAAGUCCCAGAGUAUAGAUACACCAGGAGUGAUAUCUAGGGUCAGUCAUUUAUUUAAAGGCCAUCCGGAACUUAUUGUUGGAUUUAACACGUUUUUACCUCCGGGAUACAAAAUUGAAGUACAAGCAAAUGAACAGGGCUACGCCCUUCAAGUUAGCGUUAGUGUACCUAGCCCAACUGCGACGCAUACAACAACUCUUUCUCAGCAUCACUGUACAGUCAAUGUUGGCUCUCCACCUGUACCUAAUGCACCUACGCAAUCUGCCAAGCCGCAACCUACUUUACAAAUUAUGCAAGGCUCGGGAAGUAUACAUCACCCAAUAACAAAUAAUAUCGUAAAUAAUCAUUUGACUGUUCACGGACCGGCGUCGCCACCUAUUCCUUACAAUAAUUCCCACAUUACUCAAGCUCAAGCUCAGGCAGUAAGUCAAGCUUUGAGUCAGGCACAAGAUGGGAUCCCUACUACGGGCCAGACGCAACAAAAUCAACCUGUUGAAUUCAAUCACGCAAUCAACUAUGUCAAUAAAAUUAAAAACCGAUUCCAAGAUCAACCAGAUAAGUACAAACGUUUCCUGGAAAUAUUACAUACUUACCAGAAAGAACAGCGGACUCUAAAAGAAUCUGGUCACAUGGGUGGCAGUGGAAGUGGCGGCAGUAUCCUUAGUAGUGGGAAACACCUCACUGAAGCCGAAGUUUACAGUCAAGUAGCAAAAUUAUUUGAAAACCAAGUUGAUCUCCUCCAGGAAUUUGGACAAUUUCUACCUGAUGCCACUAAUCAGCAGAAUGCCCUGAUUAUUUCUAACUUCGAUGGGCUCCAGUCUGCUGUGUUUCAGACCAACAAAGUGGGUCCGGUAAACGAUCACGCGACAAUCGUGAAAAAACCGUUAGGUAUAAAGACAACGUUUAACAAUGCAAGUGUCGUACCACGUGAUUCGCUUCGUGAUGUACAAGGUCUGGGUGGCCUGGAGCGCGAUGUCCGGGAUCAUCGUGAGCGCGAACGAGAACGUGAACGUGGUCCUACCGGAAUCCGAAGUGAGCUCGCUGCUGCCGCUGCUCAAAAGUUCGCGCAUAACGCGGGUCCACUGAAGAGAAGUCCGUCCUUUACCACGUCUAUGUCCACAAGCAACUCUCAUCCGCUACAUGGACCGCACGGACCACCACCGCCAAAGAAGCACAAAGUGACCACUGUGAAAGAUCUAUCCGUUGCAGACGUGGGCAAACAUGGAACGCUUAAUGACUAUGCUUUCUUCGACAAGGUACGCAAAGCAUUGAAGUCAUCCGAAGUAUAUGACAACUUCUUGCGUUGUUUGGUUCUCUUCAAUCAAGAAAUUAUCUCCAAGACUGAGCUGGUGCAACUCACGACACCGUUUCUUGGUCGUUUCCCAGAACUAUUUAGGUGGUUUAAAGAAUUUCUUGGUCACAUGCAGGAGUCGUCGAUAUCGCCGUCAACGACAGAUACUAAUCAAAACAAUGCUGGGCCUGUAGCAAGUAGUAUCAGUAUCGAAGCAUUACCCAAUAAUGUAGUUAGGAGUCAUCAAGAGAGGCCGCAAGGUGAUCUCGCGAUGGAGAUCGACUACACAACUUGCAAACGUCUCGGCGCCUCGUACUGCGCGUUACCGAAGACUUACACUCAACCAAAGUGCUCAGGAAGAACUCCGCUCUGUAGAGAAGUUCUCAAUGACACCUGGGUCUCGUUCCCAACUUGGUCUGAAGAUAGUACCUUUGUAACGUCUAGAAAAACACAAUUCGAAGAAAUUAUUUAUCGCUGUGAAGAUGAACGUUUUGAACUGGAUGGUGUAAUAGAAACGAACGCCGCGACGAUUAGGGUGCUCGAAGGUGUACAUAAAAAAUUGAACAGGAUGUCUUCAGAAGAGUUACAAAAGUUUAAGCUUGAUGACUGUUUGGGUGGAAAUUCUCCUACUAUACAUCAACGAGCAUUAAGGAGGAUAUAUGGCGACAAAGCGGCUGAUAUAAUCGAAGGUCUGAAGAAAAACCCCGCUGUUGCGGUGUCCAUCGUUCUGCGGAGGCUAAAGUGCAAGGAAGAAGAGUGGCGGGAAGCACAAAAGGGUUUUAACAAGGUCUGGAGAGAACAAAACGAAAAGUAUUAUCUCAAGUCACUGGACCAUCAGGGUAUUAAUUUCAAACAGAGUGACGUUAAAGCCCUGCGGUCAAGGAGUAUACUUAAUGAAAUCAAGGUGCUUUACGAUGAGAGACGCGAACAGUCUGAUGAAAAUGGCGAUAAUCAAAAUAGUGGUCCACAUUUGAUUCUACCAUACAAAGAUAAAUCUGUCUUGGAUGAUGCUGCCAAUCUUCUGAUACAUCACGUUAAACGCCAAACAGCCAUUCACAAGGAAGAUAAGCAAAGGAUAAAAACCUUGCUGAAACACUUUAUUCCCGAUUUGUUCUUCCAUCCACGACAAGAGCUCAGUGAUGAUGAACAAGACGAAGAUAGUGAAAACGUAAAUCCAGCGCUGUGCAGUAACGCUCAAUCCACAACGACAACGUCGAUAAGUGGUUUACAAGGCAACAGAAGUAAAGUUACAGGAUCGCCUACAUCGUCUUCCGUGACGAUAAAGUCUGAUCCAGAUGUUAAACCACCACCACACGCCUUGUCGACUGACCCCGAAGAGGCUUAUUCGUUGUUGAUGGGAAGCUAUUAUUGGUAUCUCUUUUUAAGGCUGCAUCAGAUUCUCUGUGAGAGACUGACCAAGAUGUAUGAAAGAGCGACAGUGCUCGCGGAAGAAGAAUCUCAGUAUAAACAGCAACGGAUAGAAAGCACAGCUGCAGCUCUAAGGUUGAAACCUAAAUGUGACAUAGAAGUAGAAGAAUACUAUUCAGCUUUCCUAGACAUGGUCAAAAACGUAUUGGAUGGCAAUAUGGAGAGUAAUGUUUAUGAGGAUACCCUACGAGAAAUGUUUGGAAUUCAUGCAUACAUUUCUUUUACACUGGACAAAGUUGUAACCUGCGCUGUGAGACAGCUCCAACAUUUAGUGUCAGACAGCGUGUGUCUGCAAUGCAUGGAGAUGUUUCAGCGAGAACAGAAGCAACCAAAAGAAAGUUGCGGGGCUGGUGGCUUGUGUUCAACGGCGUACUUGAGGGCUGCUUACGAGGCAGCGUAUCUAAGAAAAGCCGAAAAACUAAUGGCCGAGGAAAAUUGUUUCAAGAUAUAUAUAUACAAGAAAGAUUGUAAGAUGACGAUAGAGCUGUUGAACUCUGAAAGCGAGGAGACCGCUGAGGGUAAUUGUAGGGAUCGCGACAGGGAUUCAGUGACGACGACAGAAAAGUGGUCGUCCUAUGUCGAGAGAUACUCGUCAUCUGUGCCAGAUCAGCAAAGCCCCAAAGACAUCCCGACCUCAUCCGACAAUGAGCCACCAGCCAAUCAUCCUGUGAGUAGUGACCAGGUGGCAAGGGGGGGCAGGGGCAGAAAGCGCAAGAACACUGACAUUAACAAGAAGAUCGAUGGAAAUGGAUGGGGCUCGAUGGAAAAAGCUCUAGCGGGUCGCAAACGGCUUUAUCUUUACCGCAAUUCCAGGCAUUAUAAAAAACUUGCCGCGCUUAAAAGCUCAAAGGAAUCAGCUGGAGCUGCGAAUUCUGAAAAAAUGACUGAUACGGAUGGUAAAAAGUCAUAUGGAGUCAAAUCAACGGAUGAAUCCGACUUGGUUUUGUCCGAUGAGACUCAAUGUGUUUUUAAUAAUUAUCAAAUUACUUUUAUCGUGGAAAAGAACGCAUACUUGUACAAAAAAGGCUGUUUUACUCAAGCAAAGCAGAGCCAUCGGAAAGUGACAAAGGACAAGUGCUCCAAAUUUCAGGAAUGGCAUUUCAAGUGGGCAAGCAAGAACAUAGUGGACUCGCAACAUAGGCUCUGUCAGGACUGGCUGAUGGGCCGCUACGAGAAUCUCGUGCCUCACCGGACGCGGGUCAUUACGGAUAACGAUCAAGCGCGCACGCCGUAUCGUCAGUACAACCGCUACAGCAUUGAUCGGCUGCAGUCCGAACAGUCAGCGGAACAGGCGAGGCCAGCCGACUGAAUGGAAUAUCCCUACUUGUGUCUCACUUGAUCGAUCUUUUCCCCUACAGAGGCUGUAAGUUUUUGUAUAUAACGUGCAUGUACAGAAAUGAAAGAUAUUGGGUGGAUUACAGAACGAUUUUUGUGGACAAAAAUAUGGGGUCUACGUGAUUCAAUGAAACAGAAUCCCGUCCGCGAGUGAGCGCGCAAAGUUUUUGUGUACAAAAGUGUACGGGGUCCUGGGGCUCUUAUGUACUCGUUACGUGUUAGUGUAUGCGAAGUCUAUUGUAAUUAUAAGACGAUUAAUUUUAUACUUGUAAAUAAUAUGCAGCAAAGUUGAAAGUAUCUAACUACGCGAAGGUCACUGAUAACGUGUAAUAUAUAAUACUUUUUUUUUUUUUUUUUUUUCUCCGAGAAAAUAAAAAAAGUGAGAGAGAAAGAGUAAGAUUUAUAUUUCGUGUUGUGAUUAAAUUUCACUUAAUAAUUAAAUUAAGGUACGAAGAAAAUGUACUUUAAGUUAAUCGAAAGAAAAUAUAUUAAAUGAAAAUUAUCUGCACUUGGCGUCUCUUAUCACCCGAUGAGAUGUGCUUGAUCUUCCUUUAUUCUACUUAAUGCAUUAUCUUUUUUCCUUUAUUAAGUGAAAUGCUUUUACACAGUGAAAGUAAGACGUGAUUUUGUUUAGUGGGCAAGUGUAAAAAUAAUUUGUUUCCCUGUUUGUAUUGCUAUAUAGUCGUUUUAAGUAUAUAAAUAAAUCAGCAUCACUUUGUUUAUAUUAUGCAGUAUACUAGUAGCACUUCGUUAUGCUGACUUGUUAAUGUACAUUGUUUAUUAAAAAAAAUUUUAUACAAAGAUUCUUUUACUUUUUUGCAAAGCAUCGUACUAAAUCUGUACUUUACUUACGUUUUAUAUGUAUAAAAAAAUAAUGCAUAUACUUAUUUUCUGUGUUACGUUAAGAAAGUGUAAAAAGAUCGGAAAGUGAAAGGCCUUAAUUUUUAUCUAAAGAUUUAGGCUAAAAACUUUGUUGUAAUAUAAGACAAAUGUGUUGUAAUAAAAUAAUCGUACAUAAACGUGGCACUAAGAAUUAAGGAAAAACUUGAUUGCACAGGACUGAAAAUAUAAGGCAGCAAAAUCAUCUAAGCCGUCUAGUUAUUCAAUUCUAUGUAUUUAAGUAAGCAUAGCAUAAACAUCAAUAAAUAUAAUUCCAUAAUGGUGUA